CCGAUUUAAAUACGCAUUUAAAGUGCGACAGUCUUCAGGUUGAGGUCACCCCAUGUGUUUUUUGUCUUCACACAAUCGGUAGAAUUAUGGCAAAGAAAAAGCGACUUAGGCUUAUUGCAGAAAUGGCUAAGAAGAUUCGUGCUUACAGAGAACUGAAGAACCGGCCGCGCGAUUCUCAGCGAUAUGCACUAGACUAUCAGUCCAUGAUUAGGCCCUAUAAUAAGAAGCGUUUACCUGUCCUUGCUUGGGAGGAUGUAAGGAAUGAAAAACACCUGUUUACUCUACUUGCUGGCCUGCGUUCAUUUGGUGUAGGAAGAGUGGUAACUAGAAAGUCUUGGCUGGAGAACUUUGAUGAGCCCUCCUACUGGACGAUCACAAAGGUCAAAUUGGAUUACACAGCUGAGAACAUGGAUCAUGGGAACGCUUGGGGAUACUUGACUUAUAGAGGUAUGCCUGAAACAGAGGUGAAGGAGAUAAAACAAGUUAUGUAUCAUGAUUGGCGUCUUGUUCCACGUCAUGAAGAAGAAACUUUCAAGAACUUCACACCUGUAUCCCAUCCUGAACCAAAGUGCUAUGUACCGUACCCUCCUCUUAUGCGGGCCAUGAUUCUGGCCCAAUUACAAAAAAAAGGAAAACCCCUGCAUGAACCAUUGUUAGACUUGGAGUGGAACUGCAUUUUUACCAAGGAUUAUUUUGAGAAGGAGAGAGCAGCCAUUGAGGGUACAGCAGUGUAAAAUAUAUAGGGUUUUUUCAUCUCUGGAUAAAGUGUAUUAAUACAUAGAAUAUUCUUAACAUUAGAAGCAAAUAUAAAAAAAUCAGAACUUGCAAUUUCUAAAUAUGCUACACACAUUCAAUUUAAAUUUGAUUUCUUUCUAAAGUGAUUGUUUGUAUAGCCUACUUCAGAAACUUACCUCUGCUACUCUAUAACAUUUAUUUUAUAGUCCUAUAAAUUGUUAACCACAUUCUUGGCUAUGGUUUUAUGUUUAUUUUAGUUUUAGCAGCUCAUUCAUUUUUAGGGAGAAGUUUGACAGACCCAAAAAUCAGCUGGCACGCUGCAGCAUGUGAACCUAAAAUAAAUAUGUACCAAUAUAUUAUCUUACAUAAA